GUAGCUCUCUUGCUCUCUGUGUUGAUCAACAAGAAUUUGUGAUCACCCUGCUUUUUUGUUGAAAACGAAAACCCUUUGAAAACUAUAUAUGAAAUUUAGCAAUUUGAUCGAAUUCUGGUCUUGUUAUCUCUUAAUGCAAAGCAAAAUAGCUUAUUUACAUAACCUAUUAAAAUGUCUGAUUUAAUCGAUAGCAGCUCAACUGAUCUCUCUAAACUAAAGGUUGCAGAUUUAAAAAAAGAGCUGAAAUCAAAGGGAUUAAGCACAAAUGGAAAUAAGAACGAAUUGAUAGAAAGACUCAAAGAUUCUUUAACUAAUAAUGAUCUUGAUAUAGCAGAUGCCAAGUCUGAUGUUUUGGCAGAUUCAGCUAUAUUAGACGAAGAUGUAUUGAAUGAUGACGAACUGGAGGAUAAAGAAGAUGUUGAUACAACUCCUCCAAUUGAAAAUACAAUCACAUUAAAAAGAACACAUGAUAUGAUUGAAGAAAAACAUGAAGAAACUGACAUCAAGGAUAAUACCGUAGAAGUUGAAACAACUGUUGAAAAACUUACAUCGGAAGAACCGAGGAAAAUAAUCAAACUAGGCUCAUAUUCUGAUAAAGAGCGUCUAGAGAUGCGUGCAAAGAAAUUUGGGACACAAUUACCAUCUGAUAUGAAGAAAGAAUUACGGGCACAAAGAUUUGGGCUGAACAAUUCUAAGUCAAUAGCAAAGAGUGAGGAUGCAACCCUUGAAGUUUUAAAAAAGCGAGCGGAGAGGUUUGGAAGCUCCGUUUCGAAGAAACUUUCGGAGGCCGAGGCUAAAGAAAAGCUUGAGAAAAGGAAAGAACGAUUCGGUUCAAUUCAGAAUACUAAUGUAACAACAUCAUCAACUGAUGUUAAAAUAAAGCCUACAAUGACAAAUGCUGAAAAAGCCCAGCUACGAUUGAAGAGAUUCAAUAUGGGAGUCAAGUAAAAACAAUAUCUUUUUUUUGUAAAUUGUUUAACAUCAGAAAAUAUAUGUAUUAUUAGUUUUUUUUUUAAAUAUCGAACGACGUUUUUUAAAAUCCCAACU